AUUUUUAUUUUAUAGAAACAAUGAGAGAAAAAUAAUCGGCUAUACUGAGUAGUCGUGUCAAGUGAACUUCAUUGAAAUGAUCGUGUAAACCAAACAGACGAUGGAAGCGACCGGCGGUAGCGCAAUAAUAAUUAAGUAAAUUAUUGUUGUAAGAAAUGUUGAUAGAAGAUGGGGGGAUGUUCGGUACCAAGAUGUAAAAGCUAUUAGGGAAUUGAUUCGGGGGGCUCAAGGCCCCUCUUCUACUAUAUAUACCAAAGGAAAGAUUGACUUGAGCACCAUCAGUGUCCUAAUUAUUAGAUCACAAUGAAGGUGUUUGUCUGUUUGUUAUUCGUAUUUGCAACGGCGAGUUUUACACAAGCCGGUUUUCUAAGUGGAGGAGGUGGCGGAGGCGGUGGCUGGCAAUCAGGCGGAGGCGGCGGUUGGCAAUCGGGAGGAGGAGGCGGCUGGAAAUCAGGAGGAGGUAGCAGCGGGUGGCAAUCAGGAGGUGGAGGAGGGGGUUGGCAAUCGGGAGGAGGAGGCUGGAAAUCAGGAGGAGGUAGCAGCGGGUGGCAAUCGGGAGGAGGUGGCAGCGGGUGGCAAUCAGGAGGUGGAGGAGGGGGUUGGCAAUCGGGAGGAGGAGGCUGGAAAUCGGGGGGAGGAGGUGGUGGCGGAUAUGGGGGAGGCGGUAGCACUGUCAAAAUAAUCAAGAUAAUUGUACCUAGCAGCGGCGGAUAUGGCGGUGGGGGCAGCAACGGAAUUUGGAAAUCUGGCGGUGGCGGUGGAGGUUGGAAAUCAGGUAGGUACCUAUGUCAUGUUUUAUUGUUUACAUAUUAUAUUUCUGAAUGGGGCUGGGGAGUUACAACACAGAUUCACAGAUAUACCGAGCAACACUAA